AGCUGCUGCUUUUCCUUCAGGUUUUUUUUUUCAUAAGGCCUACACUGAUGUACAUUGGCUUCCACUGAGAGGUUUUACAAAUACAACGUACAUUUCAAAGGGGUUGUUCGUGCGUAAAGUGCCGUCUACUCCCUGCCGUGCAGUUGGAGCCAAGAUGGCAGGGCUGUCCUACUUUGAGGAUGCACAUGAUGACCUAGAUGACUUUGGGUUUGAUGACUAUGGAGGAGAAUGUGAUGGCAUUAGAAUUACAGCUUUUCUGGAUGCUGGCCAGGAUAAUCUGACUCCUUUGGGUCGACUGGAAAAAUAUGCCUUCAGUGAAAAUGUAUUCAAUAGACAGAUAGUGGCACGUGGACUUCUAGAUGUCCUGCGUGAAUUUAGUGACAAUGAGAAUGAUUUCCUCACAGUUAUGGAAACAGUGUCUCGGAUGUCAGAAGACUGUGAGCCUACAGUUCGAGCAGAACUCAUGGAGCAACUCCCCAAUAUUGCCAUGUUUCUGCAUGAGAGCCGACCAAAUUUCCCAGUAGCAUUCUCACGAUAUCUUGUACCAAUUGUUGUUCGUUACCUCACAGAUCCAAAUAACCAGGUGCGAAAGACCAGCCAGGCAGCUUUGCUUGUUCUCCUAGAACAGGGUGUCAUUAAUAAGCGAGAUGUUGAGUCUAAGGUUUGCCCGGUGCUUUUAGAACUGACCACUCCAAACAGUGACGAUGACUAUAAAAUUGAAGCUGUGGCAAUCAUGUGCAAGCUUGUGUCCAUGCUAACAAGGGACACGGUGGAGUAUCUGCUGCUGCGACGUUUCUGUGAUCUCUGCAGUGAUAGCCGACUCUUUCAGGUUCGCAAGGUCUGUGCAUCUAAUUUUGGAGACUUCUGUACAAUCGUGGGACAGGAUGCCACUGAAAAACUUCUGAUUGCCAAAUUCUUUGAGCUAUGCUCGGACACUGUAUGGGGAGUACGUAAAGCCUGUGCAGAGUGCUUCAUGACGGUGUCCAACUGCGCGUCUGCCGAGGUGCGGCGUACAAAACUUUCUCCUCUGUUCAUCAAUCUCAUCAGUGACCCUUCACGCUGGGUCAGACAGGCAGCAUUUCAGUCCCUUGGGCGAUUCAUUUCGACCUUUGCCAGUUCUGCUGCCUCUGGGCUACCAUUUAAGGAGCAAGGUGCCCUUUGUGAGAUUGCUAAAUGCAGUUCAGACUUGUCUAGGUGCAACAAUCUUAGAGAAUUGUCAGACACUCGAGACUCCCAAAAACCUCCAUGUAUGUCUGGAAACUGCACUGAUGCUGCCUCUCUAUCUGCUGAUAGCUGUCAUGCCCCUAAAGAUUGUGUUACCACUGUAUUAUGUAACCAGGGAGCAGUAUCAGCAAAUACUGUAGAACUGCCCUUGAAAGAGGCCCAGAAGAUUGAUUGUUCAGAUAUUUCAGAGGACAGCUACAGUACCUUCAAUUACUGGAGACCACUACUUCCAGAUAUCAGCCUGGAAUUGGAACAAAUGCAAAGAGAGAAGGAAGACGUUGAUGAACAAAGUAGGAAACCUGAGGACCCAGCCACCAGUGCCAUUCAGAAAGUGCUGGAGAGUCUUCAGCAUCGAAUGGAUGACCCAGAUGUGCUUGCACAGGUCCAGGUCCUUUCUGCUGCCCUCAAAGUAUCCAAACUAGAAUCUGAAAUAGAAGAGGAGGAGGAAGAAGAAAAUGAGCUUCUACAGAAAGUUGAUAAGGGAUCACUUGACAUGUCUGUAUCUCCGCUACAAGAGGGAAAAGAGGAAUCAAUUAUGGAACCCAUAGUGCAAGAUGAAGACCAUCAUGCUUCUGAACAGACUUCUUCCAGGGAUUCUGACCUACUGAUUGAAAAUGCGCAGGAGAUGGCAAAGGAUCCAGAUCUGCUAUUUGAUGAGGAGAAGACAAAAGUUCAGGAUGUUAUUCCACAGCAGCUCCUUGACCAGUACCUGUCAAUGACUGAUCCAGCACGAGCACAGACAGUGGAUACGGAGAUUGCCAAACACUGUGCCUUUAGCCUUCCAGGCGUAGCUUUGACUCUGGGCCGGCAAAAUUGGCACUGCCUCAAGGGCACCUACGAAACUCUUGCCACUGAUGUCCAGUGGAAGGUUCGCCGAACUUUAGCAUUUUCAAUCCACGAGUUAGCAGUGAUACUAGGUGAUCAGUUGACUGCGGCUGACCUGGUGCCCAUCUUCAAUGGCUUUUUGAAAGACCUUGAUGAAGUGCGAAUUGGAGUCUUAAAGCAUCUCUAUGAUUUCUUGAAGCUUCUUCAUGCAGAUAAGAGGCGUGAGUAUCUUUUUCAGCUUCAAGAGUUCAUGGUGACAGACAACAGCCGUAACUGGAGGUUCAGAUAUGAGCUGGCUGAGCAGCUAAUCCUCAUUGUGGAGCUAUAUAGUCACAACGAUGUUUAUGACUACCUACGGCAGAUUGCACUAACACUCUGCUCUGACAAGGUGGCACAAGUGCGAUGGAUCUCGUACAAGCUAGUUGUAGAAAUUCUGCGCAAAUUCUACUUGAGUGCGGCAGAUGAGCUGGGCUUGAACUUCAUCAAUGAACUCAUUGUCCGAUUCUGCCACUCUCCCAAGUGGGUGGGAAGGCAAGCAUUUGCUUUCAUUUGCCAGGCUGUAGUAGAAGAGGACUUCAUGCCAAUGGACCAGUUUUCUCAGAAUUUGCUUCCUAGUCUCCUUGGGCUUUCUGCAGAUCCAGUAGCAAAUGUCAGAGUGCUUGUUGCAAAGGCCCUUCGACAAACUGUGCUGGAGAAAGCUUAUUUCAAGGAGGCAAAUGGACCCCAUUAUGAAGCUAUAGAGGAAACUGUAAUAACACUGCAGUCAGACAGAGACCGGGAUGUGCGCUACUUUGCCACACUGGAACCCUCAAAAAAUGCCAUGGAUACCUUUGCCUUAAUUUGAAUGUGACUCCCUGUAUUUCAAACAAAUAAGAAUGGCUUCUAUACUUUCUUGGACAUCCAUACCACUGAUCAGCCACUAUAGACAUUCCUUGCAUUGUGUGAGUGGAUGAAUCCUUUGCGCAUUGCAUUAGCAUUUCCCUAAAAGCUGUGUUUUUUAAAUGAAUAAAAAAUGGUGCUGGUAGCAAAGCAAUCAAAUAAUACCCAUCACAACUUCUGUAAGCUGCAUUGUUGAAGCUUGUGAUGGUGGACUCUAAAAAAUACUCAGGGUAAUCAGGCACCAGCUAGGACAUUAGAGGACAAAAUGUGGAGAUAAAAUGGUGCACUUGCCAACACACUAGAUGGGGAUGGUCAAAAUGGAGCUGAAUUGGAGUUCCCUCAGGAGGUGAAAGAGCCUCUCCCAGUAUUUGAGAUAGUUUCGUAACAGUUUUAUCUCAUUUCCCAAGUGCUUCAGUGGCCCAAAUGGACUCCCGGGCUGUCAUGAUCUCUGCAUUUCUUAAUCGGAAAUAUAAUUUUUAUAACGUUUCUACUUCAACUUAGUUUCUUGCAUGGAGGACUGGGGUGUGAGAGAGAGUUCAAUUUCUGCUCCAGAGGUAACAUCUAGCUGGGUGUUUUUGCCAGUUUGGUUGGAGGGGAGGUUAGUUCACACAUCCAGCUCAUUACUGUGUGUUCCCUAGCCUCAGUGAUUCUCUUCGUUUUAAAGAGGAAGCUGCCAGGACAUUUUCACAGUUGAAUCCUCUGAUAUGCAAAUGAAAGGCGUGGUUGUGUAACCAGCUCGCUCCACGCUUCCCUCAGGGUCCUACGGACUUGCUAGGGGUUUUUUUUUUUUUUGUUUUUGUUUUGUUUUUUUUUUUUGUUUUAGAAAUAUUUAUAAAUUUUAUGAAGAGUUUAAUUUUUAUUAUGACAUUUGUUUAUCUGAAAAUCUUUGUACAUAAUUUUGCUGCUUUAAAGAUUUCUCUGAUGUAAACGUGUGAUUAGUAAAAAAAAAAAAACUUGUGGUAAUCCGUGCCAAUGAUAAGGCACUCCUUGUGAUAACUCAAAUUCAGAAAGAUGUAUAAAGCUGCACAUUUAUAACAGAAACAGCCAAUAUAAAUGUCUUUUAUUUCCAAGGUCAAAUACUAUUCAGCAAAAAAUGAGAACUAGACAGAAUGUGUAUUUUGAAAUGAAGGAAAAUGGCAAUAGUGUGAUUUUGAGUUAAUUGAUUCUAGCUAUUCAUGUGAUCAGAACUGACAAGAGAUCCAAACAACAUUCAGUACAUACACUGCAUCCGGAAAGUA